AUGUCUUCGGGGCGCACCGUAACCCUCAACACGGGCCACAAGAUGCCCAAGAUCGGCUACGGAACCUGGCAGGCCGAGCCCGGCCAGGUCGGCGAUGGCAUUUACGAGGCCCUCAAGACGGGCUACCGCCAUCUCGACCUCGCCAAGAUCUACGGCAACCAGCCCGAGGUCGCCGGGGGCCUCGAGCGCGCCCUCGCCGACGUCCCCGGUCUCAAGCGCGAGGAUAUCUUCAUCACGUCCAAGCUCUGGAACACAAAGCACCGCCCCGAGGACGUCGAGGCCGCCCUCGACGAUACCUUGACGGAGCUGAAGCUUGACUACCUCGAUCUCUAUCUGAUCCAUUGGCCCAUAUCCUUCAAAUCCGGCGAUGACCACUUCCCCAAGGCCGCCAAAGAGGGUGACGUCGAGCUCGACCAGGGCGUCUCCCUCUGCCAAACGUGGAAAGCCAUGACCCAGCUCUCCAAGUCCAAAGCUCGAUCCGUCGGUGUUUCCAACUUUACCGUCGAGCAUCUCGAAGCCAUCAUCCAAGACACCGGCGUGGUCCCUGCCGUCAACCAAAUCGAGCGUCACCCACGCAUCCCCGACCCCCGCCUCCUCGACUACUGCGCCAAGAAGCAUAUCGUCACCACCGCCUACUCAACUUUCGGCAACAACCCCUGCGGCCUGCCUCUCCUCGUCAACGCUCCCGAGGUCCAAGCCGUCGCCGACCGCCUCUCCAAGACCCAGGGCAAGAUCGUCACCCCGGCCCAGGUCAUCCUGGCCUGGUGCACGAGGGGCAAUCACACCGUCAUCCCAAAGUCGGUCACGCCCUCGCGCAUCCGUGAGAACUUUGUCGACGUCGAAAUUGAUGACGAGGCUUUUGACGCCAUCGAGAAACUUGGCCAGUCGCCGCAGCGCUUCAAUGUUCCAUAUACAAACAAACCUCGUUGGAACAUCAACGUCUUUGGUGACGAAAAGGAAAAGGACGCCGCCAACAAAGUCAUCGUCAAACUGUAG